AUGGGAGGCGAGGCGGACGGCAGGCAGCCCGCCAGCGCCGACCCGAGCCACAUCCAGUCGGCCGCCUCCAAGAGCAUCCGUCCCUUCCGCUCCAGCGAGGAGUACCUGGAGGCCAUGAAGGAGGACCUGGCCGAGUGGUUCAACACCCUCUACGACCUGGACAUCCAGGUGGACACCUUCCUGGAGAGCCUGGAGACGGGCUGCCACCUCUGCCGACACGCCAACAACGUCAACCGCAUCGCCCUGGACUUCCAGCAGCGGCACCCCGAGGUGGCCGCCCGUAUGCGCGUCCCCCAGAACGAGGUCGUCUUCCAAGCCAAGAACGUGGUGCCCGGGUCCUUCAUCGCCCGGGAUAACGUCUCCAACUUCAUCCAGUGGUGCCGGCAGGACCUCGGCAUCCAGGACGUCCUCAUGUUCGAGACCAACGACUUGGUGCUGAAGAAGAACGAGAAGAACUUUGUCCUCUGCUUGUUGGAGGUGGCCAGGAGGGGCUCCAAGUUCGGCAUGCUGGCCCCCAUGCUGAUCCAGAUGGAGGAGGAGAUCGAGGAGGAGAUGAGGGACCAAAUGGCCUAUGGCGUGCUGGGCACGCGCCAGGAGAGCCGGGACCCCCAGGCGCCCGCCUACCCCAGCAGGGCCCGGCCCAUCGCCCUCUGCGACCUGAAGAACCUGGAUGAGCUGGUGAGACGCGCUCCCCUGGGAGCCCUGUGCUUGGGUCCCACCUGUCUCUAUGGGCCCCCGGGAGGUCCUCUCUGUCCACCCAACGGGGUGCUCUAUGGUCCCUGA